GUUACGCAUUGGUCAAAACUAAAGACUCAAUCUUCAUCGUCCAAACUCCAAAGUAUCUGAGCCGGAGCCUCCGUAGACGGCCUUCAGCGACAUUUCUUAAGUGAGAGUUCAGCUCUGUUGCCCUGCACAGCUCUGUUAUCGCUGGCCGCCACUUCCCCCGCGGAUUUUGCCUUGCCGGUUUUGAAUGUACGAGUCUCCCUUCUGGGUGGUCAUCUUGCUCGUGCACUCUACCCCGGGCUUUUCGAUUUUUGCUGCUACGAGAUAGGGCUUCGAUAUAUUAAUCAGACCCUGUAAGUCAAUGGAAGGUAAUCAAAGCAUCGACGCCGGCAGUACGGGUAUGCAGCGAAUCAGUUCCGCAUUUGUUUCCUCCUCGGGUGCUACUCCGAGGCCACAGAACCGAUUCGGUGCUCCCGGUCCCAAUUUCAGUGCCUCUCAAAUGGGUGCGCCUGCGUUUCUGAUGCAACAAAACUUGAGUCCUGAGAAUCUGAAACCUGGUAUACCUCCAUCCCACCCUAAUAUCCCAACGUCUCCGCAUUAUUCCCCAAUUUCAGAGUUCCAAUCAGCUUCCCAGCAAUUACGUUCCCCGAAUAUGAGACCGCGCUCUUCCCAUUCACGGUCUUUGUCUCAACAAUCAUUUUUUUCCCCGGAUUGCUUGCCUCCAUUGAGUCCUUCCCUUUAUUGUGAGCCCUCGGCAACCCCUCUUUCUAACUCGAUUUCCACAGACGUGUCCAUGGAAGAAAGUGUGGUUAACUCUCAUGGCCCCGGCAUUUCUAUGCCCGUCAAUAGGGAUCACACCUUUCAGGCUGGUCCUAGUGUUCUUCCUCGUAAAGGGCACAGGCGCUCCUGCAGUGAUACUCCGUUAGGAAUCUCUGGCUUCAUUCAAUCUUCUCCUCAGUUGCUUCCCUCUCCUGCCUGGAUGAAUUUGGACAGUUCAAUUUCUAGAGGAGAGAGCUCGGGAUUGCAGAAGCCAAUUCAGUUGGUAAAAAAGGAGCCAAAAAAGGACGAGGGUCAAGUUGAUCGUUACAAUGCAAAACCUUUAGGUGAGAGGAAAGAGGAUGUGAUGGAUGAUUUAAUUAGCGUGUAUAUGAAUUUGGACAACUUUGAUAGUUUGAACGUAUCUGGUGCGGAAGAAUCGAAGACUUUUGAAAGCAGUGAUAAUGAAGCUGAGAGUCUCGUAAGUGGAAAAACAACCUCUACGCAAGGGGCAACUUCGGGCUUUGUGGAGGAAAGGAGGGAAGGAAUCAAGAGGAGUUCUAAUGGGGAUAUUGCACCAGGUUCUCGACAUCGGAGAAGUUUUUCCUUGGAUAGUUCUAUAGGGAAUUUGCACAUUGGAGAUGAAUCACCGAAACUUCCUCCAUUGGGGAAUGGAGUUGGUCAGCGCUCACCUAGCAAUUCGGGAGAUGGUAAAACAUCUGAAAUCAACAUGGAGUUGAGAAAUGGUGAAUUCACUGAACUGGAGCUAAAAAAAAUAAUGGAAAACGAUAAACUUGCUGAGAUUGCUUUGUCAGAUCCCAAGCGUGCAAAAAGAAUAUUGGCUAAUCGUCAAUCAGCUGCUCGAUCCAAGGAGCGGAAGGUGCAGUACAUUGCUGAACUGGAGCACAAGGUGCAAACUCUUCAGUCAGAGACAACCACAAUGUCUACUCAAUUUACCAAAUUGCAGCGGGAUAACUCACAGCUUAAAACCGAGAAUAGUGAGUUGAAAUUCCGACUUCAAGCCAUGGAGCAACAGUCCCAGCUGAAAGAUGCUCUGAAUGAGACCUUAACUGCUGAAGUCCAGCGUUUGAGGCUUGCAGUCACGGAACUUGGUGGAGAGUCUAUUCUCUCGGGUUGCAUAGCUCGCCAACGUGCUAUAAAUCAACAAAGGUUCCAAUUGCAACACGAGCAGCCUGGCCAGCUCAAACGUCCAGAAAUGCAAAAUCAGCCUCAGGGGGAGACCCAGACUCAGUCGCACUAGAGUCAAACGUAAUGAACUGGAUGUGCUGGAACAUAGAUAGCUGGUCGUUCUCUAGUCAAAACUACAUUUAGUUCCUUUAGGAAAUGGGUGGCAUUAGUUUUCUUUUUAUAUUUUAAUUAGUCUAUACAUCAGCUCUAUUUAAUUAAUUAAUUUGUAAGCUUCACCCGUUAUAAAAUAUAUGCGCGGAAUAGUUUCUUGUUUUAGUAGUGGUCGUGUCAUGACUGUAAUUUCGACCAAUUAUAUACUCCGUUUUUCACAGUGUUAAUUUGUUCCGCAUUUAGAGAGACCAAAAAA